AUGGCGAAGCCCCGCCGCGGCCGCUCCGGCUCGCGGUCCUCCUCGGGCUCGUCCUCCCGCUCCGCGUCCUCCGGCUCCGGCUCGUCCCGCUCGCGCUCCCGCUCGCGCUCCCUCUCCUCCUCCUCCCCGUCCCGGAGCCGCUCCCCUCCCGCCGCCAAGCGCAGUUCACCUGGAGCGCGGAAAGGUCGAUCACCUUCACCAGCCCCUAAGAAAGGUUCGCCAUCAAGGAAAGGCCGCUCACCAUCGCCUCCACCUAAAAAAGCUUCACCUCCUAGGAAAUCAUCUCCUGCUCCUGAGUCGGUUGUUCUACAUGUUGAUCAUCUAUCCAGGAACGUUAAUGAGGCCCAUUUAAAAGAGAUAUUUGGAAAUUUUGGCGAAGUGGUGAAUGUGGAGCUAUCAAUGGACCGAAUUGUUAAUCUUCCUCGUGGGUAUGGAUAUGUUGAGUACAAGAAGAGGGCUGAUGCUGAGAAGGCUCUUCUUUACAUGGAUGGUGCUCAAAUUGAUGGAAAUGUUGUUAAGUUGAGAUUCACGCUGACACCACGCCAAAAGCCUUCUUCACCUACAAAGCCACUGCCCCCUCCUCCAAAAAGAGAUGCUCCUCAGAAUGAUAAAGGUGCUACUAGUGUUGAAAAGGAUGCUCAGCAGCGGCCUAGGGAACCAUCUCCACGAAGAAAGCCACCUUCACCUCCGCGUAAGCGGUCUCCCCCAAUUCGUCGUGGCGAUUCUCCGAUUCGUCGCCGACCAGACCCAUCCCCUGUUAGGCGUGGCAGACCAGGAUCUCCAAUUAGAAGACGUUCUCCUUCACCACCUAGAAGGCAUAGGUCACCGAUGAGGUGAGUUGUCUAACUUUCAUUCUUAUAUCUAGGGUAUUUUCUGGAAUUGCUGACAGUCGUCUCGCUACUGUCAACUAGGAGGGGUCGUGGCAGCCCAUCACCACGCAGACGCUCCCCUGGGCCUCUUAGGCGCUCACCUGGGCCUCCUAGAAGACGGUCACCACCCCCAAGGAGAAUGAGAAGCCCCCCAAGAAGGCCACCACCACCACCUCCACGUCGUCAUAGUCGUUCCCCUCCUCCUCGCCGCCCUCUUCACUCUCGCUCCAGAUCGAUAUCUCCUCGCAGGGGCCGAGGGCCGCCACUGAGGCGUGGAAGGUCAGAUUCAUCCUAUUCUGCAUCACCCAGUCCUCCAAGGAAGGGACCAAGAAGGGUAUCAAGGAGCCGCAGUCCUAGAAGGGGUCCUAGAGGAAGGAGCUCCAGCGGUAGCGGGAGCAGCAGCUCACCUUCCCCCAGGCCGCGCAAGUAGAACUCGUGGCUUCUGUGCUCCUGGCAGGUAAGAUAUCUUUUCUCUUGGCAGGUAAAACUGGCUAUGAGCUCAAGUGGUGAUUCAAGGGGGUGCGAACGUUGAGAGCUUCCAAUGGAUCAGCUGGCUUAGCAUGCUGUGGUGAAGUUCGUUCCUGGAAUUUGUACUUGGAGAUACGCUAUGUGUCUUGUACUUAAAAUACUUCUAAAUUCUGAAGCUGCUGCUCUCCUGUGCUCAUCUGAAUUAGUACGUCAUAUUUGAAUUGAGCUUUUAAGUCUCCUGUUGCUUUCUGAA